AUGGCUUCGCAGUCCGAGGGGAUCCAAAAACUUCUUGAGGCCGAGAAAGAGGCCCAAAAGGAGGUUGAUGCCGCUCGAAGAGUGAAGGCGAAAAAGCUCAAACAAGCCAAAGAAGAGGCAAAAGUCGAGAUCCAACAAUUUAACAAAGAACGUGAAGCGCAAUUUAAGGCGAAGGAAGCGGAAGUAAUGGGCGGUCGAGAAGAGCUGCAACGCUGGAUCGCCGAACAAACGAAAGGACAAAUCGACGAAAUGGCCGCUCGUGUCAAUCAGUAUCAAGCUCAGGUGAUUCACGAUUUGGUCAGCGCGGUCCAAGACAUUCAGCCGCAGCUCCCAAGAAAUUUCCGUGGAUGA